UCUUUGACAACAUUAGAGGCGUUUAUACGUUUUGAUGUCCUUUUGCGAAUUGCAGCUCUCAUAAUAUCUCACGUUUUACUGUUUGUGUUUAAUAUGGCUUUUUAUUAUGCUGUUUGUCGGACAAAGUGAACCCUUCCCAGAAGACUAAGCAACAGGAACAAUGGCUAUUUGCAGGUUCUGGGGGAAGGGGACAUGCAAGAACGGGAAUAAUUGUCGAUUUGAGCACAUUGGCCCUCCUGGCCAAGAAGUAGCCGGAGGCGGCGGCGCACCUGGUCGCAAUCCUUUCAACGCGGUCGCAAGCAAUGUCAACCAAGGAUACGGAGGACAGUCUACGUUUGGAGCCAGGCAGCCGCAAGGGCAGAGCAGCUUUGGAAGGGCACCGGAUACCCGUGGUCGUGCGCCAACAGGUCCUCAACCAGGACAGCAAGCGCAGCCUCCAUACCUUCUAGGCAAGGAUGCAAUGAUCACAGAUCUGUCGACUGAACUGCCACAAUGGAUCCUAUCAGCCUAUGGACCGGGCCUGAAGGCCCCUAUACAACUUUUUGGAGGAGAGGAGAGAGAGAAGAGUUUCGAAGAAAUGCGAUUGAAUCAUUAUGCGCUUCGAGCGCAAGGGCAAGAAGCUCUGGCUGCGCAACAGCAGGACGAAUUGAUUCAGAAGGCAGCAGCACAAAACCAGAACGCCCUGCACAACAUCGACGCUGCCCUGACGUACGUUCUCCGUGGUGAGAAUGAACAUCCAAACCGACUGGAUAUUGUGGAACAGUAUACAAAGGGGCUCAUAAAUCCCACACAACCUAUGGCUCCGUUGGGCGCAAACAUCCCCGCAGUGAACCCUCUGGGACAACCCAGUCAAAUUCCACCGGCGAGCGCAUUCGGUGCAGGCCAGUCGAUUCUAGGACAAGCUCCGAAUCCGCUUGGAGGGCAAGGUGCUUUCGGCGCUCCAGCUCCGGCAUUUGGGCAACCAGGGCUAGGGUCCAAUCCUCAGGCGUCACAGCCCUUUGGCGCGCAGGCACCUGUACAACCACCACAACCCAGCCCCUUUGGACAGCAACCUCAGCCAGGCGGCAUUGGUGCAUUUGGUCAGCCUGGAGGCUUUCAGCAAAACGCACCUAACCCUUUACUUGCACAACAACAAUCCCAGGGCGCCUUUGGACAACCGCAGGUCCAGCAGCCUACCCAACCAAGUCCAUUUGGACAACCGCAGGUUCAGCAGCCUGCUCAACCAAGUCCGUUCGGACAGCCACAGGCUCAACAACCUGCCCAGCCAAGUCCAUUCGGACAACCUGCUGCGCAGCCCGCGAGCGGUUUCUCUACGGGAGCAAGCCCCUUCGGCGCACCCACCGCUCCCUCUGGCUUCCAACAGGGCGGCGCGCAACCUUUUGGAGCUGCUCCUCCCAGCAAUAUUCAGGCACCAAACCCAUUCUCGCCAAUUCCUCAGCAGCAAGCUGCCCAGGGCCAGCAAUCCGGGUUUCCUGCCGCUGGUGGUCAAGUCGCCGAUCCUAGCCCUUACCCGCCCGGCUCGAGCGCCCAGCAUCCGCACCCGUCAACUUACAGUGCACGAGAUGCUUCCAACCGCAUAACAAUGUUCAAGGGUAGACCUGUGGUAUACAAAGAUAACCAGCCGGGAUUCCAGAACUCUGAUGGGAGUUGGGAAAAGAUAUGGUUUCCGAAUGGGCCUCCGGGGUAUUAUAGUGCGACAGAGCUGCCGGAGGAGGGGUAUGAUCAAGCGACGAAAGAAGCCUAUGAGAAACUUAGGCAGACGGGAGAAUUGGAAGGAGGGAAACUGCCGCUAUUACCGCCGCGGAGGGAGUGGUCGAAAUGGGAUUUCUAGAAAUACAGGGAGGGACAAAGAAUAUAUAUAUAGCAUGGGACGGUGUCCGGUUGUGGAUAAUACUGUUGGAGUUCGGUUUUUUAGAGAAGUCAGGUUAAAGUGGGAUGGAGGAUCAUCCUUGGGCUACAAUGAGACUCCUAAGUCACGGCACAGACAGAAUGUAGAAUAUGUUUCAAGAGUCAUGCAUAUAUAGUAAUUCGAUGGUGGCU